CGACUUCAAUACAACAAACGACUUGUUUCACCACUGUCUCAUCUGGCACUUUCAUUCAUAUCGCUACCAUAAGAAUGAAGACGUAGAAAUUAACGAUCAUGCCUCAUCUGUGUACCAUCGGAUCCAAAAAGUUCGAAGAUGAAACGAGAUCAAGAGGUUUUUCGGUAUUGUCAUCGAAAUGGCUGUCUUUGGUGGUGAUUUCACCUGAAAAUCCCUUAUGCUCCAUUUACUUCAGGAGCGCAAAUGGGGUGAGGGCAGAGAAAAUCAAGCAGCUAUGUUCUAAGCACCGCUACAUCAUACAUCCUCUUAGUAAAUUCAGGAAAUGGUACGACGUGUGCAUACUUUUUAUUUACAUAAUGAUGUUGGUAGUGAAACCUAUAGACAGCAGUAUUGGAAGAGGACAAAGCAUGAAUAACCUUUUUACUUACUACCGAGAAUUUUCGCUAGCUUUGGACGUUGUCUCUUGGGCCAAUAUUGUAUUAACUUUCUGCAUGGGGUAUACUGAUGCAAAACACAAGAAGAUAGAAAUGCGGCCAUCGAAAAUAACUAGGAAUUACAUAUUCAGUCCUUAUUUCAUAGGAGAUGUUUUUUCGUCUAUACCCAGAUAUUUGAUUUACUAUUUGAGAGGAGGACCAGAAAAUGAACUGUUUAGAGCAAGGAGCAUUGGAUGUCUGAAUAUAUUUUGUGUACUGAAAUUCUUCCGAAUUUUCACUGUUCUCGGAUUAAUUUCUAAAAUUAGCUACAGUUUUCACAUCAAAUCCGGCACAGCAGUAUUUCUGGCGUCAUCAAUAUCAGCCUUCCUGUACAUUUUGCAUCUGUCGUCGUGCCUGAUAUUGACAGUACCCAGGCUGGUGCGGUACAAUUUUGGGUCAGAGACCAAGGAGUGGCUCCGACAGCAUUUUGGCGAAGAUUACAAGAAGCUCUAUAUAAAGGCAGCCUUCAAGAGUUCCGCAUGUCUUUUAGGUAUUCGAUACGAUCUCGAAAAAAAUGAAUACGUUGAGGAUUAUCUGGUAGCCAUCACUACAUAUAUAGUCGGAAAAUUUCUUAUCGCAAUUACUUGGAUUGUGUUAGCACUGGCGAUUUUGAACAGUAGAUCAAUGGAGAUAGAGUACCAAGGGAUAAUCAACCAAUUGAACGAGUACAUGAGACAGAAACAACUACCUCUCAAAUUGAGACAAAGAAUUAUGCAGUUUUAUGCUUUCAAAUACCAAAGGAGUUACUUCAAAGAGGAUUUGAUCAAUAGUUUACUCUCAGAUAAGCUUCGUAAAGACAUCAAUUUGCACGUGUGUCGAUCGCUGAUAGAAAACGUGUCGCUGUUCGCUGAACUUCCUCCCAAUCAGGUGAGAGACGUUGUAGCCAUGUUAAUACCCGAGAUAUUCCUACCCAGUGACGUCAUCAUACAAUCUCGCACCAACGGGGAUUCCAUGUACUUUCUGUCCAGCGGAACUGUCGCGGUGUAUACCCAUUCAGGAAAAGAGAUAUGCCACUUGCAAGAUGGCGCAUAUUUCGGCGAAAUAUCGCUGGUCUUGAAAGAUCAGGCGCGAACAGCAACGAUUAUAGCGAUAGAGGUGACUCAAGUUUAUCGCUUGAAAAAGAAGGAUUUCGAGAAAACUUUGGUGAAAAACAGGUCUGUCUAUCAGUCACUAAUUCAUCGAGCUGAACAAAGACUGAAAGAAAAUUUGCAGAUGGAGGAAAGCUAUAAGAUGGCGUUAUUUGAAAAAACUUACACCAGAACGUCUGAACCUGUUACAAGUACACGUCGUUCCACUUUGCAUCAGCCAGGUAGCACGUUGAAAGUUUUCCAGGAUAUAUAAAGAAUGAAGAGUUUAUAUAUAAUAAUAGAUAUAAUUAAGGUGAAAUAAUGUGUUAACCUCAGUCAAUGGUGUGAAAUCAUAUCUAAUGGUUUAGAAAGUGAUGUACAUUCUUGACGUUUGUUUUGUUAUGUUUUCAAUAAAGAAAGAAAAUGAAUGAAAUGUUUUCAUUGUUUUCAUAUAUUA